UCCACGUCUGUCUGCAGCUGCUAAAGUCCAAGCGCUCCGGAUAUGUCACCACCUGUCUGCGUGGAAGCAGGAAAAGCCACUGCAGGGCUAUAAAUACAGACCGGCCAAGCCACAGAAGACGAGCAGCAGUGACCACGAGCUCUCCCAUUCCUUGAGCAAUCCCCACACAAGCCAAGCAACAGAGGAUGGGUCUUAAGGCAGCUGCCUUGAUCUUCGGCCUCUUGGCCAUUGCAGGGGCCCAGGCCGAUGUCAGCGCUGACCAGGUGGCCGAUGUGGUGUGGACAUACUUCACCCAGCUGAGCAGCAAUGCCAAGGAGACCGUGGAGCAGCUGCAAAAGGCAGAGAUCAGCCAACAGCUUCACACCCUCUUCCAGGACAACCUCCAGAGCGUCAGCACGUACGCGGGAGACCUGCAGAGGCAGCUGAUCCCCUUUGCUGCCAAUCUGCCCGCUCAGUUGACCGAGGAGUCCAGGAAGCUGAAGGAGCAAAUCCAUCAAGAGCUGGAGCAGCUUCAGUCUCGGCUGUCCCCUCAUGCGGACAAGGUCCACCAGCAGAUCAGCAGGAACAUCCAGGAGCUGCGGACCAAGCUGAGCCCUUAUGCAGAGGAGCUGGGCACGCAGGUGGACAAGGACACGGCGGAGCUGCGUCAGCAGCUGGGGCUCUUGAGUCAGGAUCUGCAGGCCAAGCUCAAAGAGAACCUCGGCAACCUCCAGGCCUCCCUUGCCCCCUAUGCCGACAAACUGCAGCAGCAGAUCAACCAGAAGGUGGGGGACACCAAAAGGAAACUGACCCCCUAUGCUGAUGAGAUCAUGGCCAAGGUUGAUCAGGGUGUGGAAGAGCUGCACAGAAGCCUCAGCCCCUAUGCUGAGGAGCUGCAAGAGCAGCUGUCUCGGCAGCUGAAGGAGCUCUCCUUCCAGAUGAAGAAGGGCGUCGAGGAACUGCGAUCCCAGCUCUCAGAGAGGACCGAGGAGCUGCGCCUGAGCCUGACCCCCUACGCCCAAGAGCUGAGGGAAAAGCUAGAGGAGGGCGGGGCUGACCUGCGUGAGUCCAUGACCCUCUACGCCAAAGGCCUGGAUGGCAAAAUCAGCCAGCAGAUGGACGAGUUCCGACAGAGCGUGGUGCUCUACGGGGAGAACCUGAACAGGCUGCUGGUGCAGAAGAUGGAGGAGAUGAAGCAGAAGCUGGAGCCCCACACCGGCAACAUGGAGGACCAUCUUGUUUUCCUGGAGAAGGAUGUGAGGGACAGGGUCGCCUCCUUCCUGGACAGCCUGAGGCAGCUCGGAAACUGAAGGGGCCCCUUUUGCUCCCAGCAGAACCUGUCAUAGUCAAACGCCUUCUUUCUGACUCCACAGCUCCCUUCCUAUGCAUCUUCUUCUCUGCUUCCCACCCUCCCCAAGGACAUGAAUGAGAUGCCAGCAUGAUGCAGGACUGCACAGUCUAGUGUCAGGGGGGACCUUCGUCCCAAAUGAGGCGGGGAGGGGGACCUCACGGUAGCUGUACCGGUGCCUGCCAUUUCCAUGAGCAGGCAGACACACAGAUGAAAUAAAAAAGCCCCUCCGCAAUGCA